AUGAAGAAUUUUGUCCAAUUUUAUGUUCUUCUCUUCGUGAACAUCGUUUUAGUCAAUGGUGAAUUUCGUUUUGCAAAUUAUUAUCAAGAUCAUAUGGUUCUUCAACGUGCUCCACAAAAAUCCAUCGUUUGGGGUUAUAGUGAUACUGAAAAUGUUUCAAUUAUAUUAACAAUCAAUGCGCAAGUUUAUCAAACGAAAAGUUUUUCAUCAAAUGAAAAUAUUUGGUCGAUUACACUCGAUGCAGAAAGUAAUGAAGGUCCAUUCGAACUUGUUGCUACACAAAUCUUUUCGAACAGAUCGAAGAAAACAAUUUCUCUUCGUGAUAUUCUCGGUUCACCGAUAUUUCAGCGCAUGACAUUACCGCGCCGACAGUACCGCGCACGACAGUACCGCGCACGACACCACCGCGCACGACACCACCGCGCAUUGACACUACCGCGCAUUGACAUUAUCGCGCACGACACUACAGCGGACGAUAUAUAA